UCUUUACCAGUAAAACUUAAGAAUUAGCACAUUUAGUGUAGAUUAGCAAUGUUGGAGGAAGGUAGUAGUACUAGUCCAUUACUCGAGUCGCGUGUGGAAGAAUCUGAACCAGUUAAGGAAGUUUCAGUUGAAUCAGUUGGAGGCGUUGAAUCAUCUGAAUCAGUUUCAACUGGUGGAGAUCAAUCACAGCCACCUCGAGGUUACUUACGUAAAGAUGAGAUUGAAUGGGAAUUUGGUGGACCAAUUGGAGCCAUUGGAAUGAUGGUAGGAUUCCCAUUACUUAUGUGGUAUAUGUGGAUUAGUGCCGAAUUCAAUUCUGGAUAUCCUGCUUGGCCUGAAUCAGAUCAAUCAUGGAGUAAUUUUAUAGAACAAUUAUGGAAUUAUUUUACCAUGUAUGGUUUACCAAAUUUUGGAGUAUGGUUCUUCUUUACUUCAUUUAUAUUAGUUCAAGCAUUUUUCUAUUUAUCAUUACCAGGUGUUUGGACUAAAGGUCAACCAUUAACUCAUUUAGAUAAUAAACAAUUACCUUAUUAUUGUAAUGCAGUUUGGUCAUUUUAUACAUCUAUUUUAUUAUCUUUAAUAUUACAUUUUACUGGUAUAUUAAAAGUUUAUUAUAUGUUGGAUAAUUUUGGACCUAUUAUGACAACAGCUAUAAUUUAUGGUAUUUCAUUAUCAAUUAUAUUAUAUUUAAUAUGUAUUUAUAUUACUGGUGAUUAUCAUAGAAUGUCAGGUAAUCCAAUUUAUGAUAUAUUUAUGGGAGCUCCAUUAAAUCCAAGAAUUGGUAAAUAUUUAGAUCUUAAAAUGUUCUUUGAAGUUAGAAUUCCUUGGUUUAUUUUAUUCUUUUUAUCUUUUGGUUUAUGUUUUAAACAAUAUGAUACUUAUGGUUAUGUUUCUCCUCAAGCUUUAUUUGUUUUAUAUGCUCAUUGGUUAUAUGCUAAUGCUUGUGCUAAAGGUGAAGAAUUAAUUGUUCCAACUUGGGAUAUGGCUUAUGAAAAGUUUGGAUUUAUGUUAUUAUUCUGGAAUAUUGCUGGUGUACCAUUUACUUAUUGUCAUUGUACGUUAUUCUUAGCAUAUCAUGAACCCACAGAAUAUCAAUGGUCACCUUAUUAUAAUCUUGCAUUAUUUAUAGUUUUAACUAUUGCUUAUUACUUCUUUGAUACUGGUAAUCGUCAAAAGAAUAGUUUUAGAAGACAAAUGGCUGGUAAUUCUAAUUUAAGAAAAACUUUCCCAUAUUUACCAUAUUCAGAUUUAGUUGAUCCAAAAUAUAUUAAAUGUGAAAAUGGAUCACUUUUAUUAACUGAUGGUUGGUAUGUUUAUGCUAGAAAAAUGCAUUAUACUGCUGAUUGGUCUCAAUCAUUAACUUGGGGAUUAAUUUGUGGAUUUGCUUCUCCAUUCCCUUGGUUCUUUCCAACCUUUUUCUUAAUCGUUUUAGUUCAUAGAGCUUAUAGAGAUCAAAGAAAAUGUGCUAGAAAGUAUGGAAAGGAUUGGGAUAGAUAUUUAGAAGCUUGUCCAUAUAUGUUUAUUCCAUAUGUUUGGUAAUUGAAAUUGUUAAAAAGUACUAAAAUUUCAAAAAUUUUAAAAGUUAGUUCAAUAUUUAUAUGUUCAUAUAUUAUUAAAAUACACA